UAUUUGUAAUAUUAUAACCUCAGAGACGUAUGUUUCCCGCCAAAUAUUGUUAAAAAUAAUAUAUCUGUAAAUUCCAACCAGAAAACAUGACUGAAGAAGCGGCGGAAAGUGAACUUGUGUUACGGCCAAUGAAUUGUGAAUUGAAUCAACUUUCUAUGCCCGAUGGAUCGGCAAUGUUCAUGCAAGGUGAUACUGCAGUCGUCGCAGGUGUCUAUGGGCCGAUAGAAGCAAAGCCACAAAAAAUGAUUUACAACAAAGCAUUUGUUGAUGUGUCGUAUGUUCCCAUAAAAGGACUGGCUAAGGUGGAUGACAGGAUGACAGAACUAUACAUAAAAGAAACAUGCGAGGCUGCAAUAAUUACUACAUUUCAUCCAGCAACAGCCAUAUGCAUCAGUAUACAAGAGCUGGAUGAUUCCGGUGGGUUACUAGCCUGCACAAUCAAUGCUGCCUGCCUAUCGCUUAUUAAUGCUGCAGUUCCCAUGAAAUUUACUGUUGCAGCAGUGAGCUGUAUGAUAGAAGACGAUACUGGUAAUAUUAUACUAGAUCCUGAUAAUGUUCAGUUACAGGAUGCUAGAGCAGAAUUCACAUAUGGGUUUGACAGCAUGAAGAAAAAUAUUGUAUGUUGUUAUACUGCAGGUCGCUUCACGGAAACUGAAGUUUUAGAAACGAUGAAUAAGUGUAAAGAAGCUAGCCAAUAUGUGUUUGAUUUUUAUCGAAAUCUUGUAAAAAAAUACGCGAAUGUAAUAUAGUA